AUGAAUUAAUUGGUAUCAAUUGAUUCAACGUUGUAAGCCAAUUUAGAACGUCUUAGUUAUUUGAUGGCUCAAAAGAAGGAGAAGAAACCUGACUUCAGAGAUCAAUUCUAAACUAAUACAAACACUAAGAAAAUAUUCGUUAAUUUAAGAGCUUUUGUCAAGCAACCUCAACCUCCUUCUCCUUAAUCUUAGAACUAGAAAAAAGAAUACAAAAUUCCAUCACAAACAAUUACUACUUAAACACAAACCCCAAAAACCCCUACUUAUAGACAAUAGUUCAUUAGACCAUAGUCAUUAGCUUAACUAGAACCUUUUAUAAAAAGAUAAGAAAUAUCUGUAAGUAAUAUAAUGAGUGAAAGGACAGAUGGGAAAGCAUGUUAUAAGAAUUGGGUGGGUUUGUCAGUAAUAGAAAGAAAUGAUUUAUUUCUAAAGAAAAAACAAUAAAAAUUAAAGAAAAUGAGAGAUGAUAAAGAUGAAAAAGAGUUAAGCAAGUGUACAUUUACUCCUCAUUUUUAUAAUCAAAUUCAUAUUGAGAGACCAUCUUCAUGUUUUUAGAAUAAAUCUUAUUAAGAUAUUCAUAAAUAAAGAAAGAAUCAAAAUGAAAAAUUAUAUUGA